GAUGUUUUGGGAGUGAAAAAGGAGGAGGAGACUGAAGAUCUGAUUACCACCAGAGAGAGACAUGACUAUCGUGGAUCCUCUGGGGAGCCUCAACAACAUCCUGAUGCUGACAAGGCAGAGAAGAGUCUCUGCAGAUCAGAACACCAGAUGGACAACGCUAGCCCUUCCUCCCUCCCGGAGUCCCCGUGUCGUGCCUCUCCCGGUAGCACCUUACUGCUGGGUAUGAAGAGGUUGUCUGUGCUGCUGGUGGACUGCAGGAAAACAACGGGGCUGAGUGGAACUGUGAGAGGAGGAGAAGAGAAGAAAGGAUCAGAUUUGACACAUCAAAUGUCUUUGGCAGGAGAAAGACCAGACUCAGAGGAACCAGAGCCAGGGACGUCCAAACCAGCAAGACGACACCACUGCUCCCAGUGUGGAAAGAGUUUUAACCAGAAAAGCUACCUGAAAAUACACGAGAGAAUACACACAGGGGAGAAACCUUACCACUGCUCCCAGUGUGGGAAGAGUUUUAAGCGGUUUGACGCCCUCGAAGGGCAUGAGCGUAUACACACAGGGGAGAAGCCUUAUCACUGCUCCCAGUGUGGAAAGAGUUUUAAGCAGAAAAGCUACCUGAAAAUACACAAGAGAAUACACACAGGGGAGAAGCCUUACCACUGCUCUCAGUGUGGCAAGCGUUUUAACCUGUUAGGGGCACUGAAGCAACAUGAGAGAAUACACACAGGGGAGAAGCCUUACCACUGCUCUCAGUGUGGCAAGUGUUUUAACCUGUUAGAGGCCCUGAAACAACAUGAGAUAAUUCACACAGGGGAGAAGCCUUACCACUGCUCCCAGUGUGGAAAGACUUUUAGCACGGUAUGUAACCUGAAAAUACAUGAGAGAAUACACACAGGGGAGAAGCCUUACCACUGCUCUCAGUGUGGCAAGUGUUUUAGCCAGGCAGGUAACCUGAAAAUACAUGAGAGAAUACACACAGGGGAGAAGCCUUACCACUGCUCUCAGUGUGGCAAGUGUUUUAACCUCUUAGGGGCCCUGAAACAACAUGAGAUAAUACACACAGGGGAGAAGCCUUACCACUGCUCCCAUUGCGAGAAGAGUUUUAAGCGGUUAGAAUCCCUCGAAGGUCAUGAGCGUAUACACACAGGGGAGAAGCCUUACCACUGCUCCCAGUGUGGAAAGACUUUUAAUCGUUUAAGGGACUGCAAAAAUCAUGAGAGAAUACACACAGGGGAGAAGCCUUACCAUUGCUCUCAGUGUUGCAAGUGUUUUAACCUGUUAGGGGCCCUGAAACAACAUGAGAGAAUACACACAGGGGAGAGACCUUACCACUGCUCCCAGUGUGGGAAGAGUUUUAACCAUUUAUGGAACCUGAAAAGACAUGAGCGAAUACACACAGGAGAUAAUAAUUACUUCUCCUAGUGUGAAUAUUUAACAUCACAUUGACUUAAUUAUUCUAGUGUGUAAAUUGAUAUUUUAGAUCACAUUGACUUAAAAUUCAUCAGAGAACGUACACAGUGCUCCAAUUGUCUUAUAUUGUUGACUGAGAAUGUGUUUACCUGUUUAUAACAUAUGAAAUUGAAUUGUACAAAGUAUACUCAAACAUGUAUUUUUUUAUUACAAAACAUGAAGUGAAUAUGGAGUAUUUCUGUUUGAAUAUAAAGUAGAUCAGAUUACUUCUGUUUUAAAUGGUCUUUUUUUAAACUCUGACUGUGUUUGUCUUUAUCUGAGUGUCAUUCCUUCAGCACUACAGAUAAUCAAGUGAUAUUUGGAUGUGAUGCAUUUGCUCCAUUGUUUACAUUUGCAUUGUUGGUCCACUGAUGAUUUAAUUAAAUAAAAAUGUUCAGACUCUGUAAUGGAAAAUGUUAAUUGUAUGUGUCCACAUAACUGAGUAUGUGACUAACCUUGUGAAACUGACCUAUUAUAAUCUCCUGUUCUUGGGAGUAUCAUCCUGCGUUGCAAACUAGCUGCACCUGUGCCCUUGAAUGAAUAAAGUCCCUCCCAGGAACAGGAAACUAUAAAGAAAUGUGCUCAUCACCCAAUGCUUCAGGAAUUCAGAUUGUCUACACUGCGCUGUGUAACUCUGUUAUUCUCUCUGAGCUCAGAAAUAAAGAAUCUUGGUUUGA